CCCUCUCUCUCCGACUCCUCCCCCGGCGACCUCUCUCCCUCUGCUUCCUCCCCCUCCUGCCUCUCUCUCUCUCUCUCUCUCUCUUUCUCAUUCAAACAUCCGUAAUCCUGCAUCUCUAUCUGUCUCCCCGAUUCCGCCUCAAAUCUGAGAUCCCCUUAUCCGCUGACACAUAUCGACGCAAGUCCUCCCCUCUCACCCGCCGGGAAGCUUGAGCAACUCCCACGACCAUUGAUCGCUAGGCAAACAGAUUCUCCUGCCAAACUCAAACUCGUGCCUACGCGGGACUCCUUCAUCUAGAGAUGACAGACCCAAAAUUUGACUUUUCCCAUGACAAGGAGGCUUAAAGUUACCAACUUGUAGCAAAUGAAGGUAUUAAAAUCAGUGUGCUGGACAGCCAAGACAGCUUCCCAAACAAGAGAUAUAGCUUGCUCAAGUUGCUAUUUGCUUCUGCAUCUCUACUCUGUAGAUAAGUUUCGGUGGCUUCUGUCCCCUUACUUGGCGUGGGUGCGGAUUUGGUUUGUGAUGGGUUGACCUCGACCUGGCAUCAACCUGGUCCGAUCUCAUUCUCGGCUUGGGGUUCAUUCUUGGUGUUUUUAUGGAUUGGUUCGAUGUGGCCAAUCAACAUUUUAACUUGCGGGGAGGGAGGCGGCUCAGUUUAUCUCAAACCCUAGUGGUAGUGGGUAGAGCUCCUGAGAAUAAUUGAUCCCCAUUCCUUGAUCCCGAUCCAAAACCAAAGGCGUCUUUCCCAUGGCCUUCUCCGAUCUCAGUCAUCUCUGGCACCGGCAAACAAACAAGAAGUGGAUUUAUCUGAUCAUGUAUGGGAGACGAGCAUCCCAGCUACUGAGAGAAUUAGCAUGCUCUGAAACUGGACAGCUCACAACUUUCAAUAGUGAUGCAUUUGAUCAAGUCAUUAAAGAAUGUAAUGAGCACAACCUGCAACUUCAGUCCUUGAUCAGGAAAAUUGAGGAUGAGAACUUGGAUAUACAAACGACAAGAAAUGAGGAUCAUUUUGGUGCGGUCAUACAUCAUCUUUCCUUAAUCCGCAACAAACAUUGUCUCAUGGCUUACAUGUAUAACCGAGCAGAAACCAUUCAGAGCUUGAGAUGGAAAGUGGGCCCUGUACUUCCCCAGGAAAUUCAGGAAAAACUCAAUUAUUCAGAAGAAGAGUACUUCAAAAAUCAUUCUGCAGCAAUAGAGUCCUACAUGUCAGAGUUGGAUCUUGAUUUGACUGUGGAUAUGGUUCCUCCAAAGGAUCCUUACAUCCGUGUUAGGGUACUUGAUGACAUUGGAGAAGUGUGUCUUGGUGAUCAUUCGAUAUCUCUCACUAAACACUCAUUGCAUUUCCUUAGGCGCACCGAUGCUGAACCAUUUAUCUCACAGGGCAUUAUGGAAGAGUUUCUGGAGUAGUGUUAGUGCCUCGGAGCAUAAUGGAAAAUGGUACCUUCCCUUUAUUUGGUGAAAUUUUACCUUUAGUUUUAUAGUAUCAUCAAAUUACUGAAGUUUAGAAAUCGACUUAUUGUCUAUGGCUGAUGUUGCAUCAUUUUUCAGUUGCCAAUAUCAAACCUAUGUUUCUAACAAUUUGUGCGAAAAAAUAUCGGAGCAGUUGGUGUCGCAUCAUUGGGUAGCUAAGCCACUUUCUGGUUUCUGGAACUGCCCCAUAAAUGCUGCAUGUAUCAUGCCAACCCAGGACCUCCUGCUUUUAAACGGCUGGUUCAUCUUUGUAAUAAAAUUAGUAUGCAUAAUUCAGUUCUAUAUCCAUAAUGUUGGUUGAGAUAUGCAAACUAUGUUUGCCUGAGAGGCGAAAAUGGUGGAUGGAUUAAGAUGGGAAUGUUUUUGGGUCGAGCAUAAAAAUUUUCUCAAUCCACAAUCUCUACUGUUUUAACUUUA